CUAAGCUCCGUGCAAGACGUUGGGGUGGUUUCCCAGGGCCGCCCCGCAUCAGUUGUUGGGAGUCUUAGCUGCCCCUGCCGUGCUCCGGUUCCUGAGGCUGUUGGUGUCUUCUCUCUCUCCUCAGAGGCGCUCCCCACCAUCAUGUUUGUCCUGGUAGAGAUGACUGACACAGUAAGAAUUCCUCCCUGGCAGUUUGAAAGGAAACUGAAUGAAUCCAUUGUGGAAGAGCUAAACAAAAAAUUGGCCAAUAAGGUUGUCUACAAUGUCGGCCUCUGCAUCUGUCUGUAUGACAUCACAAAGCUGGAAGAUUCAUACAUAUUCCCUGGAGAUGGUGCAUCACACACCAAAGUGCAUUUCCGCUACGUGGUCUUCCAUCCCUUCCUGGAUGAGAUUCUGAUUGGACAGAUUAAAAGCUGCAGUCAGGAUGGCGUUCAUGUUUCUAUUGGAUUCUUUGAUGAUAUUGUCAUCCCACCAGAAUCCCUACAGCAGCCAGCUAAGUUCGAUGAAGCGGAGCAGGUGUGGGUGUGGGAAUAUGAGACGGAAGAAGGGGCCCAUGACCUUUACAUGGACAUUGGGGAGGAGAUCCGCUUCCGAGUCGUGGAUGAAACGUUUGUCGAUACAUCACCGACAGGUCCGAGCUCUGCAGAGGCUUCGACUUCAAAUGCCACAGAAGAAGUCCAGAAGAAAGAGGCACCCUACACUCUUGUGGGAUCAAUCAGUGAGCCGGGCCUGGGCCUCCUGUCGUGGUGGACAAACAGUUAGCUGCAAUCAGAGCCUGCUCCGCAGAAAGUCUUUCCGGUGGAUGUUUGGGGGAUUAUGGGGUCCUGCUGGUGCUCAUUGCUCCUCUGAAGCUGAAUGAGAAAUUAGACCUGCCAUUCUCUGUUUCCCCUUCAGCUUCCAAUCUGCCAGAUCGAGACAGUCGCUUUCAAGAAAUGUCUUCGCUGAUCUGUGGAAGUGAAUUUGCAGGCACAAAAGGCCUUGAGCACAGCAGCAACAAACUCAGCUGGAGCUUUGGUCUCCUGCCCUGAAGGGAAAACUGGGGAGGUCUUUACUCGCCUGAAUUAAGAAGGGAGUUGACUUCAGUGAGUGAAAGCAGGAGAGAAUGCCUGUCAAGAAGUAUUGCUUCCUUGGGCUGAGAGCUUGAUCUCAGAGGGGUAGAAACCUGCCCUUCUUUUGGCAGGAAAUGCAGAAGAAACAGCAAAAGACUAGAGUUAAUAGAGGCGUGGUACUCUGGAGACCUGGAAAAGGCUGCUGCUGGGAGGGCGGGGCGGGUGGUGGUAAUGAUGUUCUUGCUAAGAAUGGGCACUUAACCCGUGGAUGAAGUCAGCCAAAGAGAACUGGAAUGACAGUAGUUUACCCAGAAGUAGCUUAGGCUCUGUGAAGAUGACCACUGUGGAAGGCUACAGGCUGCUUAUUGUGCUGAAUGGAAAUACUUUAUUGGGUGGGCUGUGUUUAUGUAGAAUGAGCUAAACUUUGCGGGAGUUUGGCUGAAAAUACAUAAUUAUGAACUGAAACGGACCAAGGCUGCUUUGAGCAAGUUAAAUACUUGUUUGUGGGGGUGUGUUAAUACCAGAAAUGGAAUAAAUAGUAAAAACCA